CAGCCACACACAGUUCAAGUCGUCGGUCCAAGUGGUGCGCAGUCAAGUUUUGUUGUUCAAGUGCUGAACCGUUCGCCCCCCUCUCAAGAUUCGGUUACGUUUCGUCGCCACAACGCUAACGCUUUAAAUCGCCAAAAACACCCAACAACAACAACAACACAAAUAACCGCAAAAACAAUGAAGAAAUUUUUAGUUGUAUUUGUGGCAUUAUUCGGAGCCGCCGUGGCCCAACAGAGCUUCAAGUGCCCCGAUGACUUCGGUUUCUAUCCACACGAGACGUCCUGUGACAAAUAUUGGAAGUGCGAUAAUGGCGUCUCCGAGCUGAAGACCUGCGGCAAUGGUCUUGCCUUUGAUGCUACGGACUCGAAAUUCCUCACCGAAAACUGUGACUAUCUGCACAACGUUGAUUGCGGUGAACGCACAGAGUUGGAGGCUCCAAUUGCCACGCCACACUGCGCUCGUCUGUACGGCAUCUUCCCCGAUGAGAACAAAUGCGAUGUGUUCUGGAACUGCUGGAAUGGUGAACCAUCCAGAUAUCAGUGCUCGCCCGGUCUUGCUUACGAUCGUGAUGCUCGCGUCUGCAUGUGGGCCGAUCAGGUGCCAGAGUGCAAGAACGAAGAGGUUGCUAAUGGCUUUGCCUGCCCUGCUGCUGGUGAGCUGGCAAAUGCUGGUUCCUUCUCCCGUCACGCUCACCCCGAGGAUUGCCGCAAGUACUACAUCUGCUUGGAGGGUGUUGCCCGCGAGUAUGGUUGCCCCAUUGGUACUGUCUUCAAGAUUGGCGACAGUGACGGCACUGGCAACUGCGAGGAUCCCGAGGAUGUUCCCGGCUGCGAGGAUUACUAUGGCGAUGUAGACCUCAAAGCUUUAAAAAAACUGGGCUUUUAACAACACAAAACCAGCAUACAAAAGCCAUGGCAGUUGGGAUUGCACACAGUCCUGAACGCAUGGAGCGCGCCGAUGACGACGCCGAUGAGAGAGAAAGAGAGCAAAGAGCAAAGAGCGAGAUGCUGAAGCUGAAAGCAGAUACAGCCGCCAUGCCAGCGGGUUGAAAAGGCUUGCCAACACACAAAAACACACACACACACACAGCGUUAAAUAUGCAACAAAGAAUAUUAAGAAAUACUCGUAUAUUGUUUAACAGUUGACUUUAAAGACUGAACAAAAGAUAGAUACAGUGAAAAGAAAGAGAAGCCCUUCAAACAUGCCGAAACGAAAACCUUCAACUAACAUAAAAAUGAAAUCAAAGUUUAACAGCCAAAAUAGAAUGAGUUACCAAGACAAUAGACCUUAAUGCAUACACAUAACAUAUUAUCAAUGAAAAUUCCCUUUAAUUAUGUAAAAUAAGUGCAAACCACAAGCCCUAUCCACUCGCAAAAUAUAUUUUAAACUGGCUGUUGACAGCCGAAUAGGUAUUUGGCUUCGUUAGCAUUUACAGAAGCCUCCGCCCCUCCCCUGAAGUCGUUCAUGAUAUAGACCAAAUUCAAAGCAGUCAGAUUUAACUUAUUAACCAAAUGCUGAAUAAAAAAUAAAUACAUA